CACAAGAAAUGAACCCAGAGAUUGUCCAGGGCCCAGAUGGGAACCAGGAGACAUACAGGGUUCACCUCCCCGGGGCAGGCUCAUUCCGUUGCUCUGAAACCGAAUUGGGAUUUGAGGUGAGUGCAGCCGUGACCGUCCAAUACAGAUACGACUCCUGGGAUCAGCAUCUGAGAGAAUGGAGCACCCCUGAAUGGUUGGUGAUUGGCCCUUUGUUCAACAUCCAGGCAGAACCGGCCACGGCCGUGGCAGCCGUUCACCUCCCGCACGUCCUGUGCCUGGCAGGGGGACAGGCUGACAUUUCUCAGAUGCGAAUCGCCCAUGUCACUGAUGUGGGGAUGACCCUGGAGGAGCCAACGGGGGUGAGGCCAUUCCACGCUGUGCUGGAGAACCCCAGCUUCUCCCUGUAUGGAGUUAUUUUUAUCUGUUCGAGUUGCCUGAGAAUUCCAGUCCACUCCCUGGUGCUGAUCUACCAGGCAGUCCGGCUUGCAGACACAACCCUCCAUAUCUACCUGAUCCCCAGUGACCGCUCACUAGAGAAGGUAAAUGAGAACCUCGAACAGCACUGGGGGGAACCAGGCUCACCAGCCACCAGGGAGCAGAGAGGAAGGGAAAUCUCAGGGCAGGGCAGUGGGGAGUUGUGA